GUGCGGCGUCUGCCGCGCCUCGGGCUCGGGGCGUGACAGAUUAGGUGGUAUCAGAGCUCAGGUUUCAGAUUCUUAGGGAUUGUUUUUGAAAUAGUCAGAUGGAGCUUAAGUUUUAGGAUCUUUAGAAUUCGUCAGAAAGGUUGAGAGAUGGGUAGGAACUAGAUAAGAGGAUAAUGUUCAUUUGUUUUGUUAACUAUUAUGUAUUAUUUUGUUUAGAUGAUUUUAUAACAUUUACAUUUUUACUGAAUCAGAAUGCCGCCUCGCCGUGUCCGUAGCUUAAAUCGGAUGGUUAGGGGCUCUCGGGGAAGAGCCCCCACUAACCAAGCGGGCGAGGCAUCGCAUAACUCAGGGCCCCAGGGUCAAUCAACUCCAGAAGCCGCCGCCGGAAAUCAAACUCGGGUACUCGAACUGAUCGAGGAGGUCGUCGGGUUAGUACGCCAACAGAGGCAACAACCUCAGCAACCAGUCCAACAGGAUGUUGCUCCUCCUGAGCAAAGAAGGAGUAUAGCAGAAUUCAAAAGAAUGGCUCCUUCGGCUUUUAAGGGCACCACUAGUCCUCAAGAGGCCGAAGCUUGGAUAGAUGAAAUGGAGAAAGCCUUCAGGGCAAUGGAGUGCACCGAUGAAGAGAAGGUCAGAUUUGCCACCUAUAUGCUUCAGGACCGAGCUCAUCAUUGGUGGAUGUCUGUGGAGCGCACAUUGGCACCCGAGCAGGAGGCACUUACCUGGCAGAGAUUCCGCACAGCCUUCUACUCCAAGUAUUUCCCUUCAAGUCGCCUUAGGGAGCUAGAGAGAGAAUUUCUAAAUCUGUCUCAAGGAACUAUGACCGUGGAUGAGUAUGAGGCAGAGUUUGACAGGUUAGCUCGGUUUGCUCCCACCCUCGUCAUAGAUGUAGAGUCCCGGAUAAGGAGAUUUGAAGAAGGAUUGAAGCCUCACUUACGUCGGGGUUUGGCCGCAGUGCACUCAACAAACUAUGAUGACUUGGUAGAUAGGGCCAAGAAUAUGGAAAUUGUCUGGAAAGAAACACAAGAUUCAAAAGAUAGAAUACAAAAGAAGAGGAGCAGAGAUGAUGAUACUCAUAGUGGACAGAAUUCUAGCAGGACAGCAAAAUCUCGUAAUAGGUCUGGGCAAUCAGAAAAGCAGGGAUCUUAUGGCGAGACUAUCCAACAAGAGAAGCCUAAAUGUGAAGCAUGUGGAGGCGCCCAUAAGACAGAACUCUGUAGACGAUUGUCCGGCGCUUGUUUCAAAUGUGGACAACAGGGUCAUAGGAUAAAGGAGUGCCCUUAUAAUCAACAAGUAUCACAAUCAGAUCAGAGACCCCAAGCUACAGGGACCCAACAAGUACAAGCUUAUCCUGCUCCGGUUCAGUCGGCUCAGCCUUCUUCUUCUGAGCAGCGGACAGGGGGGAGACCGCGCACACAGGGUCGUAUUUACGCACUGACUCAGCAGGAUGCUCAGGCAUCCAAUACUGUGGUGUCAGAUCCAGAGGCUUGAUCGCACGGGAUUGGGGAGUGC